AUGGUCUCCUUCUCCUGUGAGGCGUGCGGUGACGUCCUCACCAAGAAGAAACUCGACCCUCAUCGAAACCGCUGCCGCGGCGCCACCUUUACCUGCAUUGAUUGCAUGGUACACUUCCCCGGCGUCCAGUACCGAUCUCAUACCAGCUGCAUGACCGAGGACCAAAAGUAUCAAGGCGCCCUCUACAAGGACAACAAGAACAAGAACAAGAAGCAGAAACACAGCCACCCCAACUACAACCCUCCCACCACUCCCCAGCAGAACCAGACUCAGGUCCAGUCUCUGUCCCAAGCUAUUGUCAACACCAACGACAAUAACAACAACGACGACGAAGACGCUACUAUGGCCCACCACGCCUAUGUCGAAGACCUCCCUGAAGACCGCGACUACGAAUGGGCCGAGUACGAGGAGGAAGAUGACAGCAGCGACGACGAGUUUGCCGGCGGCCCCCCACCAGAGGCCCCGACUCCCCCUUCAGCUGCCCCUGAACCCCAUGUCGACGUAUUUGAGUUCCUCGUUGGAACGGGCCAGACGCCCAAUGCCUCCAACAUGAACCUCGCAGCCUGCCACGGACUGGCUGACGCUGAGCCAAGCACUUCACUGGUGCGAUACGAACCCAAGACGGAGGACUACCCUUAUAUGGAGGAAGACGAUGACGACGAUGACGAAGACGACGACGACGAUGAGGAGGACGAUGAGCCUGUGGCCAAGUUCGCCAAUGCUCCUCCGCCUGAGCCUCAGUUUGUCACACCAGCUCCGAAGACGGAGAGACGCAAGAGCCGAAGCAGCACCGAGAAGAAGGACAAGAAGCGCAAGCGAUUACACGUUGAGGUCCCCAACGACCAGGUCAUGACUGAUGCGCCCCCUGUGCUGCACUCGGGACUCACUGGUGGUCUGAGCCGUAUGAUGCGCCCCGUCUUUCCCCCAUCUCCCGAUUACUCUGGUGGUGAUGCCCCUGAAGUCUCCCCUGCGAGCCCAUUGAAGAAGUCGAAGCACUCGAAGAAGCACGCCGCCGGUCACAGCCUGUUUGGCAUGAUUGCGGGUGCCACCAAGCCCAAGUCUAAGAGCAAGUCCAAGACCAAGUCGUCCAAGACCAAGUCAUCCAAGACUAAGAAGACAUCUUCGUCAAAGAAGCACUCUCAUAAGGAGAAGAAGCCUCAGCUGAUCGAAUACCGACCUCAAAGCAAGGACGGCAAGACCGAGCCUGGCAACAACCAGGUGAUCCUCUUCAAGCCUCGUGCCGACGUCUUCCUCAGCUUCGUGGAUAAGGGACCCGAAAGCGAGAAGGGCCUGAGCAUGAACAAGGUCUUGAAGCGCUUCCACCGGGAGCGUGAGGCUACGGGCAGCGAGCUUGGCAAGGGCAAGGAAGAGAAGGAACUUUGGCGGUCGCUGCGUCUUCGCCAGAACGAACGAGGCGAGAUCGUCUUGUUCUCUAUUGAGUGA